AUGACUGAUCAACCGACAAGUAGUGUUGAAUGGUCAAAUGAAAAGUGCCUACUGUUGAUCGAUUUAUACAAAGAAUCGACAAAUCUUUGGAACACCAAACACAAGGACUACAGAAAUCGAUACAUAAGGCAAGAUAGUUUGCUAGAAAUUAGCAAACAUAUGGAUACGUCAAAAGAAGAAGUUGACCGAAAAUUAAAAAAUUUAAUUUGUCACUUUUGGCGUGAAGUGAAAAAAGUUAAGCAACAGCGUUCUGGGGAUGGUGCUGAUGAUGUUUACUGCUCCAAAUGGUUCGCUUUCAAAAGCUUCGAGUUCUUGAAGGACAGAAAUGACUGUCGACCAACUAUCGAAACUGGCACCAUACAGUUAUGA